AUGGUGCGAAUCAAGAAAAAGCCGGAUCAACUGGCCUUCUUUGCACAGCAGUUCACUCCUGCACGGCAUUUGUUCAAUCUUGUUCUGGUGGGUGUCAUAGGCCUUAUUGUGUGCAUGUUUCUGAUACUCCAAGAAAAGGAGGAACGAAUGAUGGGAUCUUCCAGCAUGGGCUCCAUGGGCGCACAUGCCCUAUCCACCACGGCACUUUCCAUAGCUACUACUAGUAAGAAACCACCACACUUGGUUUAUGGAACUGCCUGGAAGAAGGACGAUACCGCACAUUAUGUCCACGAGGCCAUCAAGGCUGGAUUUCGACACAUUGAUACUGCUUGUCAACCGAAACAUUACAACGAAGCUGGUGUGGGAAAUGGUUGGACCGAGGCGGCCCAAGAAUUGGGCUUGGACCGAAACGACAUUUGGCUGCAAACCAAAUUCACGGCACCGAAUGGACAGGACCCCAACAACAUGCCCUACGAUGCUUCUGCACCACUCAAAGAACAAAUGUUAACGUCGUUGGAAACGUCUCUCAAGAACUUGCAAACCACCUAUUUGAAUUCAUGGGUCCUUCAUUCUCCCCUCCCGACCAUGGACCAAACCAUGGAAGCUUGGAAAAUUAUGGAACACGAGUUGGAGAAUGGUCGGGUCCGUCAAUUGGGCAUUAGCAAUUGUUAUUCUUUGGAACAAUUCCAAUCGAUUUACAACCAAGCCACGAUCAAGCCCAAAGUAUUGCAAAAUCGAUUCUACCAAGAGUCCAACUUUGAUACGGAACUUCGACAGUUUUGCAAGGAGCAUGGGAUUACCUAUCAAUCCUUUUGGACGCUGACCGCGAAUCGAAAAGCCCUCCAUUCGUCCGAGCUAACGGCGCUUGCUACCUCUCAUGGGGAGACGGCUCAGACGUACAUGUAUGCCUUUUUAAUGUCACUGGGGUACAUUACGCCACUGUGUGGAACCACGGACUUGGACCACAUGAAACAAGAUGUAGCAGUGGUAAAGAGAAUACAACAGGGGGAUGUCCUCUUUGCUGGUGACGAUGAAUUGCGGGCGUUUGCGAAGCUGCUGCAUAUGCCCGACUUGUAA